AUGAAGCGGAAGAUCGCGCCGACGAGUUGCCAGGCUCUCGGCGAUGCCGGGCCCGAGGCGAAUGGGCGAUUUCAGCCCGGCUUCGUGCCGCGGAAGAUGUGCACCUGGAUGGAGUCGCAGGGCUUCUGCCAGCGGGGCAACGACUGCAGCUUCGCCCAUAGCUUUGAGGAGCUGGGGGCCGUGGUUGGUGGGGGCCGCCCGCAUGAUGCGGAAGGUUGGGCCAGUGCUGGGGAAAUGCUUGCGCCGCAGGGGCCCGCCUCUCCGCAGGGAAGAAGCUUCCCUGGCUUCGCGCCGUGGAAGAUGUGCACCUGGAUGGAAAGCACCGGCUUCUGCCAAAAAGGCGAUGCCUGCAGUUUCGCCCACUCUGCCGCAGAGCUGACCCCCCGCGAGGUAGAGGUGAAGAUGGAGCAGCAGGAGACUGGCGCCGGUCGCUUUCGGCCUGGCUUCGUGCCGCGCAAGAUGUGCACCUACAUGGAGACCAAGGGCUUCUGCCAGAAGGGCGCUAGCUGCACUUUCGCCCACAGCGCUGAGGAGCUGCUAGCUGAUGCUGGCAACGCCGGCCCACCCGCAGAUUUGCCUGUGGAAGCGCAAGACGACCUGGCAGCUUUUCAGGAAGCGGUUAAACAGGAGGCAGGACCCGGGCGCUUUCGGCCGGGCUUCGUGCCGCGCAAGAUGUGCACCUACAUGGAGACCAAGGGCUACUGCCAGAAGGGCGAGAACUGCACUUUCGCCCACAGCGCUGAGGAGCUGUUUGGAGAUAGUGGCAAUGAUGGCCCACCCGCAGAUUUGCCAGUGGAAGCGCAAGACGACCUGGCAGCUUUUCAGGAAUCCUUUAAACAGGAGGCAGGACCCGGGCGCUUUCGGCCGGGCUUCGUGCCGCGCAAGAUGUGCACCUACAUGGAGACCAAGGGCUACUGCCAGAAGGGCGAGAACUGCACUUUCGCCCACAGCGCUGAGGAGCUGUUUGGAGAUAGUGGCAAUGAUGGCGCACCCGUAGAUUUUCCCGCGGAAGCGCAAGACGAGCUGGCAGCUGUUGAGGAAGCGAUUGCGCAGGCUGGGCCUCAGCGUUUCCCGUUUGGCUUUGUUCCGCGGCGGAUGUGCAACUUCAUGGAAACCCAGGGCUACUGCGCGAAGGGCGACAACUGCACAUUUGCGCACAGUGCUGAGGAGCUGCUUGCAGAUGGUGGCAAUGGCGGGAUCGACGCCGGCAUCGCGGACACCUUCGAGGACAGCACGCGAGAGGUCCGGACGCUCAGAACUCCCCACUCGGAGGCGUCCAAUCAGCCCGCAGGCGCGGGCCCCCGGAGCUUUGAGAACAACUUCAAGCCUGCCUGCCUCUGCAAAAUGUGGGUCCAGCACCCCUCCAUGUGCAACCGCGGUGUCGACUGCACCUUUGCGCAUGGCUUGGCGGAGAUGUCGGGGGAGCUAGGCGUGCACUUGCAGAAGUUGUUCGCAACAGGUCUGCUGGGAAGGCUCCGUGAGGAGCGGGCGCCGGCGCCGGCGCUGGCGCUGGCGCUGCACUCCGGAAAGGGUGGCCUCGCCAAGGGCGGCUUUGCUGGCGGAGGCAAGGCUGGCCCCAUGGGCCCCAUGGGCCCCAUGGGGGCCAUGGGCGGCAUGGGCGGCAUGGGCGGCAUGGGCGCCAUGGGCGCCAUGGGCGCCAUGGGCGACCAGGGCAAGGGCAAGGGCAAAGGGCUCAACCUCUUCGCGACGCGGUCCUUCGAGCGGCAGCCUGUGCGGAUGUGCACCUACUGGCUGCAGAGCCCCGAGAAGUGCCUCAAGGGCGACGUCUGCACCUUCGCCCACGGCAUCCACGAGCUGACCCCGGAGAGCGCCGCGGGCUGCCCGGUGAGCCGGUUCCUGCACACGGGCUUCACGCCCACCGCGCUGUGCAAGAACCUGACCUUCCAGGGGGAGUGCUUGAAAGGUGCGAAGUGCACCUUCGCCCACAGCCCGGAGGAGAUGAUGUGA